ACGCUGACGAACGCGUCUGGCCGCAGCUACAGUAUAUAUAACCCGCGAUACCAAGGCAGACUCAUCCAGUCACUCGCCGAUAGUCGACUAAGCAACUUCUCCGAGUUAUCAUUUAUCUAACUUCAUAAAGCAUCAUGCCUGGUCCAUGCUGUAAAGAUGGUAAAUGCGACUGCGCCUCCGGAGGCUGCAAGACCGGAUGCCAGUGCACGUCUUGCAAGUGCGAUCCUUGCGAGAAAUGCGCCUCCAAAUGCGAGUGUUCCUCCAAAGAAGACUGCGCAAAGAACUGCUCCAAACCUUGCAAGUGCUGCCCUUGAAGUCCGCUAUUCGUGAAAAAGAAAAAAGUCCGAUGUUCGUGAAAGUCCGAAAUUGAUGAAAUCUGAAAGUCGAAGUAUUCAUUCAUCUUAGUGUUGUUUGAAAGAUCUCUUUGGAUAUUUUUGUUAGGAUAAAUGAAGCCUGAAAAACGGGACAACAUAAAGACAUCGAAAAAAUGACUUCCAUCAUGAACCCUGUUGUCUGUCUAUUCAUCUCUGCAAUAUUGUCAUUUUCAAUUAACAUUUCAUUCACUCUUUUUUUUUUUUGUCUAUGUAUGCAUGAAUGAAUGCUUCUGGUGCUGUGAAAAUCCGAGUUUUUAUUCGAAUUGUUGUAGAAGACGAUGUUCUGAUGUCAUAUACACAAAUAUAUUAGAAAAAUAAUUAC